AUGGCUUUGAGAGCGAGCCUCAGCUCCGAAGGUUCGUUUUCCUCAUACUUCAAGAAGCAAAACAAGUCAUUUCGCAUCGUUUUUGACUUGCAGAUGUCGCAAAAGUGUCUGAAGAUCUGUCCCAGUGCCGGUCGAGAAUUGAAGCUGGAGUCGAAGAGAACAAGAAGAAUCGGCAGGUCAUCGAGGAUCUCAAUGUUCAGGUGAAAAAGUGUUACAAUAUUUAAAAAAAGACUAUCUGGGUCUAAUUCCCCAGGUGACGUAAGACAGCAAUAGGCGAACUCUCAAAGUAUUUUUCUCGUCCACCUUGAUGUCUAUCUUUGAAUAAUAUUUGUAUUCCUCGUUUUAAUUCUUCGGAAAAGCCACAUCGAAGUUCCAUAAUGUUAGCUCUUGGAAUGCUUUACCGGUUGGUUUCGUGAGGAGCUGCGGACUCGAGUUGCUUGUUUAUUUGCUGAUCCAUUUUCCCCAUUUCAUUUCGGCGGCAGUUUGACACUUCAUGCAAAUAUUUAGGCUUGAGCAUCAACGUUCAAGCUCAAAAAUUAAACUUUGAUUUUUUUCUAUCCUUUCAAUUUUAUCAACGAUACCGAUCAGUUUAGUGCGGAUGAUAGAGGAGCUUGAAAAUAAGAGAAAGUUGCAGCUCCAACGAUAUCGGAAGCGGGCAGCCGAAUCGGACUCGAUGACGUCGCUGCCGACGAUGCCGCUUCUGACCGUCGAGCCGCCUCCUGCGAUAUCGCUCUCGCCACGCUAUGAACGAUACGAACGUCGCAUGCGGCACAAGUCCCACGGCCGUCUAGAACGAUAUCGCUCCAGGUACGAAAUGAAUGAUAUAAUGAAUGAAAAAUUUUUUGAAAAAAAAAUCAAAAAUGUUUACAAUAAAAAAUUAACUUGUUUGAGUGGAACGCAUCUAUUUUGAGGGGAUCACCCGGAAAAUUAUGCACACGAAAAACUAACUAAUAUCCGCUAUACGUUUUCUUCUUACAGUUUGAAUUUUUGAAGGAUACAUCGAAAAGUCUGGCAAAAAAAAAGCGAACAGUUCCAACAGCAAAACAAGCAUCGUUUUUGGAUUUACUUUGCGCGUUCCGGGCGUAAAUUUGUGUUCUUCUUCGCUUGUUUUUUUUUCAAUUCUCGUUAAAAAUCAACUUUUUCCCGUUUUCUGCGAACGUGAUUGAUAUAAACUGAUUUUAAAAAGGCUUGAAAAAAGAAUUCAAUAAAAAUAUUAUGUGAAGCAAACCUGUCUCGAGCCAUUGUGAGCUUCAUCCGUUCUGGACACAUUUUUCUAUUACUUUAAAUUUUUUGUUUUUCUCAUGUGCGUAAAAUUAAUCUAUAAGAAUUUUUAAGUUUGAAUUUCAUUUUUUUGUGAUCGCUCACGAGAUUUUUCCAAAAAAGAAGUCUUCUACAAAAAAAAAAGAAGAUGAACGUCGCGAUAUAAUCUGGGAAAUUCCCAGCUUUUGUAUCAAGUUUCAAGGCCUAUAAAAGACCUUCCCUUGCAGCUCACCGCAUGAAAUCCGUUAUUCGCCUAUGCACCGGUCUUCGCCUCGACUGUCGAGUUCGCACUACGGAGUGAGCAGCGACGAGGACGCCGAAAACGUCGAAGAAGUCUACGCGCGACUUAAGGCCGAACUCUUCAAGUGACUCGUCAACCAGAAGUCUUCCGUACUGGAGAGUUCAGAAGCAAUACCCUGGAAGAGGUCAACGAAAUGUUGCGAGAGGAAAAUGACGCCGCCCUGGCGGCCAACGAGAAUCUUCGCGUCGACGUUCUCCAGCUCUCCCAGCAGCUGCAGACCCUCGAGAAGCAACAAACCAACGACCACAUGCGUUUCAGAGCCGAAAACACGGUUUGUUCAGUCUCAAAACUCUAUCUUUCAGAUAUCAUCAGGUCUGUCACAAAAACAAAAGCCAAAUCAAUUUGUGAUUUGCACUUAGUUACCUAAAAUAGUCAUAGCCUACAACACAACCUUUUGAAAAACCAUGUGUCGAUAAUUUUUCUUAUUUUUCUCUCUAGAAACGUUUAAUUUACAAUCCAUCUGACUUUUUUUGAGCUUUAAAACUUUCUGAUUUUUUUUUUAAAUUUUCAACGUAGUUUUUAUUAUAUCUUUCAUCCAGCAUGAAUAAAGAAACUAAAAUCAAAAAUAAUCUUUAAAAAUUCAACAUCAUAGAACUUUAAGAUAAAAAAACCAUGGAUGAUUCUAGCUUUAUUUCAAUUAAUCUGGGAAUUUAUUUUAAUAGGAAACUUUAAGAGAAAUAGCUUUGUUGUUCAAUAAUGUAAUGGAACUUUCAGUGCUACAGCGAAACUCAAUUUUAAAAAGCUUUGAAUGAAACUUUUUCCGAUGGCGGUCAAUGUUUUCUCACGUUCAGAAAAUUUUUUGCUGCGGAAUGUUUUUCUCUUAGAUGGUCCUUGUUUUGAAGUUGAGAUUUAGGACAUGAACAACGCAAUAAAAUAAAGCGUAGCAUAUAAUCAAAGAAAGAGCCCAAUUUUCGCAUUCUCUUCUCAAUUGAGAUGAAUUACUAGAAAGGUCGUAAAUCCUGAAUACGAAACGACCUGAAGUUUUUUGGAGAAUUGUCUUACGUUUUUCGCAGAUCUCUGCAUUUUCCGCCUCUUCUGAACAAAACUUCAGAGAUACCACAACCAAGUGGAAAACCAACAUCGGAAGCUGAUCGCUCUUUGGAAAGCUUUCACUACCGUCAAGCGACAAGUGAGUCUCAUGAGUUCAUAGGUCUGUAAUGAGCAAAUUGAGGUGAACGACUUGAAAACGACCGCGGCUAACGAUUUGGACCGACAAAUGACAGAGUUCACCCGUUGUGCGACUCUCAUGCAAAGAGCAAUACGUCAUGCCGAAGAAAAGGUGUUCUAUUGAGUUGUUUUAGUUUCACAGCAGAGAAUUUAAGAACCGGAACCUGAGGGAAGAGAUGCGGAAAGAGAAAGAUGAGGUGCUCGACGAAACUUUGCGUCAACUGAACACCGCCACGGAGAACUACAUGAAGGUGAGGGGGCAAGAAGUCGAAAAAGGACGGCCAAACCCUUUAGGCAGAAGAAAAGGCGAACGGCGUUUCUCGUGAACUGCGUAGCAAGGAGGACGACCUGAAGAAGGCGCGGCAGGAACUCGAAGAACUCAACGAGGCGCUCGGCCGGAUAUCGCGGUUGGCGUCGCCGACUCCGCUCCGGAAUCGCGCCCGCAGCGAAAGUCCGACCAGCUCUCGUUCGUUUCAGAUCCAUCUCUUUCUUGUUGAAACCUCUAUUCAAAUUUCGUUGCUCUCAAUCAUUAUAAUUGAACGCCAACAUUGGUUUGUUGUAUCCUGAGAAACCGGGAAGUCUUUAUUAUUAUGAAAAAGCCCGACUGAAAAAUGAUUUGAAAUAGGAACUAUUCUCCAGAAAAAAUUUUCUAGUCCUCCUUGACAAAAAUUUAUGGCAUUUUUUCUUUCGGGUUUUUUAUGGCAAGUACGAAAAGUCUGUAUUAUUUAAUAUGUAUCAGCUCCAAGUAUCUUCUGUUAGAAACGAAUUUUUUUUCUUUGUUAAAAAUUAAAACUGAGCCUAUUUCUCAAAUUCUGAUUUUCAUCAGCCACUGGCAAGGAAAACACUCUUAGAAAUAGAACAACUUUUUCGUUUCUCAAAUCUAAAAAAAAUAAUCUAGGUAGCAUAAAAUCAUUGAAAGAAACGAUUUAAACCAAAGAGCUGAAUGAAUUGAUUUUGUUACGAAUAUUAUAACUGAGAAAUCAUUUUGAGCGAUCAUGAAUAGCUCUUAAAAAUAGCAUUCAGGUGAGCAAGCAAUGGAAGUUGCCAGAAAGAUGAGAAAACUUCUCGGCAACAAGAACUCGGAGCUGCACGAGGCCCAAGAAGCUGUGCGAAGAGCUGAAGCCGACCGCGACCGCUUCAAGAACGAUCUGGCGAAAGAGGAAAAACGUCGACGUGAGGAACGCGAAGCAGAUGCCCUCAAGGCGACUUCCAUCGUGCAACGGUUUCGCUGUGAAUUUCCAGAAGUUUCAAUAAAAUUUAAGGGAAACUCAGUUGAAGACGAUUGAAGAUGAACUCAAAAAGUCGUCUGAAAAAAUCAAACACCUAGAAGAUCAGAGAGUAGCUCAGGAGAAAUUAGUAGUGUCAACUCAAAACGCUUUGGCCGAAGCUCACAGGUCAGGAAAAAAAAAUAUUCGAAAAAAACGGGAACGAUUUUUUUAAGACUUCAUAAAGCGUUCAUCGAAGACUUAACAAAGCGACACAGAGAGGAGCUCUUCUCCCGAGAAGAACAACACCGCGAAGAACUGCAACAAAAGACCAAGGACGACCAAAUCCGAGCAGAGAAGAACCGCGUUGACAAAGAAAGGGCACGGAGAGACGUCGAAGACUUGCGGGAGUCCUUGCGUCAAGUCAAAGCCGAGCUUGCAGCCAUGGACACGCAGCUCGAGGACAAAAACCUGCGAGUAGAGCUUCUCGAGGAAGAGAACGAGGCCCAGCGAAGACGACUUGCCGACGAGCAGCAGCACAUCGACCAGCGCGAGCUUGAGAUGCAGGAGUUGCGGCUCAAGACCGAGCAGAUGGCUGACAAGGAAGUCGAGUUGCGCAGGGAACUUGUAGAGGUACAGCUCAGCUGCCGGAUAACACAAAACUGAGAGCUUUCAGGCUCAGAGCGUUUCGUCCGCAAUGCAGGAUGAAGAUAAGCAGCGGCAAGAAGAUUCUAUGCGUCUCCGAGAAGAACUGGCGGCUCUCCAGACUCGCAUCGAAACUUUGCAGGCCGAUUACGAUGGUUCAUCAAUUCGGUCGCAUCAGAUGUGGAAAAGAUUCAAUUUUUUUCAGAACAAGUGCAAGAGACGAUGACUCUGAGGAAAACAGUAGUGGAACGAGAAGAAGAAGUUCAACUCGUCAACGCCAAUAUUCGUCAGCUCAACUCGAGUAUCGAUGAGGUAAAAAAAGAGUACCGUUUAUUCUAAGAACCGAUGAGUUUCAGGCCAACGGCGAGGCCGGACUCUUUAAAACCGAGCUUGAAAGAUUACAUGAUCAGAUCAAGGAAAAGAACAAAAUCAUUUCUGAAGUCAAUUCACAGUUGGAAGAAACCAAAAGGUUGGAUUGGAGGAGCGACUUCGAACCAAAAUUGGUUCUGCAGAAACUGCGACAUUCUUCAAGAUGACGUGGCGACUUCCAAAGCCAAGGCUGACGAUUUAAGAGAACAACUACAGGAACUCCAUAAAAAUUCCCUUGCCAAAGAACAACAGGUUUCCUUGCCGUGUUUUUUGAUUCGAACCUGAGAUUAAUAGGAGGCGGAGUUACGUUCUCUUCUUGAAGACUUCCGACUGAACUUCGACAAGUUGACAAACGACGGAAAACAACAAGCUAUAACCAUAGAUGCUUUGAAUGGUAUUGUGACAUCAAACUGUGAAGAUGAUUUGAAAACGUUUGAAGAAGAAAUAGAAUCUCUGAAAAGUGAGCUGAAGAAGCGGGAAGAUGACCGAAAAGAAGAGAUGAGGCGACAGGCGGAGAUCGACAGACAAAGAGACGAAGCUCUUCAGGCCGAUUUCGACGAUAAAAUCCGCUCCUCUGAGAAAGAAAAAGUUCAAAUUGGUGUGUCACUCUUGAAAAUAUGGGUCAUUCUUCAGAAAGACCUUGAGAAACUUGUUUAUGAAGCGGAAGGUCGUCUGGAGCAUCUAACGAGGAUCCACGAAGAACUGAUGAGUGUCGAGAGUAAUUUGAGAGUCGAUGCAGAGGCUUUCAAGUGAGUCCGUACACUAGAACUCCGACUUGUAUGUCUUUUUUCAGGAAUGAGAUAGAGGAAGCUCAAAGGAACGCCAAAAGGGACGUCGAGAAACUGCGGACAGAAAACGAACGCGACCGCGAAGACUGGGAAGCCGAGAAACGCAAGGUUAUUUUCCAAUUUCUUCGCAAGGAACCGAUAACUUUCAGCUCGAAUCUCAAAGAACCGAGGAAAUAGGUCAUCUGAAUGAUCAAUUGGCUGCACUCGGAGAGGAAGUUCGAGCCAAGGACGCGAGGUUGAAGCAGAUGCAGAAGGACUUGGACAGCUUGAGGACCAUCGCUGAGACUGCCGAAGAAGGUCUCAGGAAGAAUCUUCUCGACUCACAGGACUUCAGGUUCGACAACAAAACUGGGUUACCAGGUGAUCAUAUUUUCCAGAGAAGAAAUGGAAAGAAACCAUCACCAAAACAGCGAAGAAAAAUCCAGACUUGUUGAAGAGCGUGAAAAUGCGUAUUUGGAAGUAGGGAAAUUAACUUUCACUGAGGAUAUCUACAUUCAACUCAGGUUGCAAAGCAGUCGACGAAUGUUGAGAGGCUUCAAAGACAAAUUGAUCAGCUACAAACGGAAAUUGAGAAGCUGAAUGUUUCGGUCGUCGAAAGUUGGUGGAAAAAAAAAUAGGGAAGAAACAUUGGAGAAUGCAGGAGAAAGCACGAUUCAAGCCCUCGAACAGAACACUAUGGAACUUUUGGACCGGCUCGCUGAGCACAAGAAAAUCGAAGAGGAAGCGAAAGACCAGCUGGCAGUUCUCUCCAAGCAGAACUCCGAACUGAAAAACGGAAGAGAAGGCGUCUCACACAAGCUUUUGGAGGAGAAGAAGCGAAGUGAAGGUCAGAAUCAAGAUAAGUCUCAUUUUAUCUUAUUCAUUUCAGAACUGAGUGAGCAAGUUCGCGAGCUCACGAAGACAGUACACAGCGUCCGAAUGAAGUUGAUGAGCAGUGAGGAAAAGAAAAAUGAUGUUGAACAGCAGGUUUCCAUCCUCAACAACAAGGUUUUCUUUUUUUCCAAACAAGGCAAAGGCGUUUAAAAAACAGGUCCGUCAACUGGAAGCCUCGCUCGCUGAUAAAACGUCAAAAAGCGAUGUUUCAAACGAUCUUCUUCGCAAGAUGGAGUUUGACACGCAGUCGAUGGUUAAAGAACUUCAGAAUGAGAGAACCAAAGUUUCAAAAUCCGUGUGGAAAAACAUUUUUGUUCGAAAUUUAGAUGGAUGAGAUUGUUCGUCAAAAUAAAAAACUGGAGAACGAAAAUCGGCAGCUGGAAGCUGAGUUGCAGGCCUCCAAGACUGCGCUUGAAUCGAAACGGGAGUCCAGCAAAGUUGCAAUAAACGACCUUUUGCAGCAGUACAGGUCAUUUUCAUCUCUAGACAAUCGAUCAACGGAUUUUGUCGUUUUUAGAAAAGCUGAAGAAAAAGCGAGCAACCUGUUCCUGGAGAACCAAAAAGUGAAAAGCGAAAACACCACCAUCGUGUAAGUCCUGAACAUGGGAUGUCAAUAUCGGUCUUCUUUCAGACUCAAGUUGGAACGGUCGGAGAAGUCGAGGAAAGAGCUGGACGUGCGCGUGAAAGAGAGCGAGGCGAAGGCCGCGGAAACGCAGACGCGUCUCGCCAACUUCCAGAGAUCCGCCAUCGACUCUCUCGCCUACGGCCCACGUAUAUCCAAUCACUUUGCUACCGGCCAUUCAGUAGUUCCAGACACGACCAAGAACCGCUCUCCAUAUGUUGAAAUCCCACGAUCUAUCUCAAGCGUCGGUAAGACUACUAAAAGACUAUCUGAACUGAUCCAAACCAAAUGAUUCUUAUCCCUAUUUUUUUAUCGGUGGAAACUUAGUUUUUUUUUCCACUUUUGGAAGGGUUACAUGCGGAAAGAUCAUUUGAGUGGAGUCGUUUCAAAAAGUUAGAUAACAUCAAGCUGAAAAUGUAUUCUGGAACUACAGCUCUAAACAACCCGGCACCAACGCAAAACGACGAAAUCGAUGGGGCCCUUGACGUCAGUUCUUCUGUCGGCGUGACUUUGCGGUUCUUGAAGGAACGAAUCGAACAGUUGGAAGCAGACAAGGUUGGCUUCUGCUUCAGUUCGACAAAUUCGCGGAGUAUCAAUUGGCACAGAAGUCAGAAUCGUCUUUCAUGUUUCUUGCCAGAAUAAUGAGUGUACUGUCCAUGGACUAAGGCUCUUUUGUUAAAACUAAAGCUUUUUGCGACGAAAAGUAGAAUAUUUCCAGGCUGAGCUGUCGGCAACUAUUGAGGGCCAAAGAGAAGACAUGAGGCAGAAAACUGAGAAACUAAAGGACGCCAUCUCCGAGUUGCAAAGAACCCGGCGAAGUGUUGAAGACUUGCAGAGCGGUAAGCCUAAAAUCCGACCAGGAGCGAAAAAUGUCUCAUCCAGACAAAACGUCACUGGAGUCGCGCAUGAGUAGCCAACGGCAGAUGUAUCUGACCAAUGAAGAGUCGACGCGUUCCAAAGACCAAGACCUCAGGUAGUGUCCCAACGAAAGACCUUCACAUCUGAAGCUUUUGUAGGAACUUGAAAGCUCGAAUAGCCACACUCGAACUUCAUUUGAGAGAAAAGGAAGCCAAAAUAGGGCAGUCCAAAGUUGGUGUUUUACUUUUGAAGAGAGCCUUGACUUCCCAUUCAGAAUGAGCUUGGGGUCCUCCAAGACGAGUUGCGAGAGGUCAAGGCUUCCAAGGAGAGGGCUCUGAGUGCAGCGGCCAACCGAGAGGAGCGUUUCCGGGAGAACGAAGACGAGUUCGAGAGGAUUCUGAAGGAGCGCGACGAGACGGCAGCGAAACAUCGACGGAUGCUCGCCGAGCACGAGGUUUCACCCUUCGAAUCGCUACUAUCCAUGUGUCUUUCUAGUUUUCUUCUUCAUUCACAUCUUUGCUCAAAUCGUUUCCAAAUCAUUUUCUUUUUUUGAUUUUGUUUGUAUUCCAAAAAGUAAAAAUUUCUGGAAGUAUUUUUUUGAAUUAUUGCUCUAAGAAAUUACCGUUUGAUCGAAGGUUGAAAUUCGAUCAUUUAUUUAAAUAAACUUUCGGUUAACACGUUAAUUUGAUGAAUUUUUUUCAAAACUAUCGCCCGUUCAGUGGUCAGAUUUAGAAGGAAAAAAAUAAGCUUGGUGAUAUUUUCGUUCAAAGUUCAUUCAAACGAAAAUAAGAGUAGAAGAUGGAGAAAAGUGAGCAUAAACGUCAUUUUAAGCUCUUUUUGACUUUUUUCCCUAUAUCGAUCAUAUAAAUGACCGAUCUGUCAUGGGUGAUCAUGGGACUGAAUGAACGGUCAUUUCACUGCAAUCGACCGAUGGUCUUUCGGCGUGAAUGAUGUGUUCAUUGUAAUUUCUUUUUACGCAAUGACGAUCGGUUGGUUACUGUACAUCUUACUUAGAUAACUUUUGAAAUGAUAUGCUCUCAUAUCCUGUCAUCAAACAUAUGACUAUUUCAGAACACAUCCAGGAAGCUUGACCAACUGGAAAGUGAGAGGGCUCAUUUGGUUCGAGAACUAACAGAAGAACGAAGAGUUGCGCAACGGAAUCGGGAGCUUCUCGACGAGGCUCGCGUCAACGAAAAACAGUGGAGAGAGGCUGCUUCGACGGCCAAACGCUCUGUGGACGAUGACGUCAGACUCGUUUCUGAGCAGCGCCGUUUCGAGCAGUCUGUCUUGGAUCUGACUACCCGUAACGAAGGGCUAGCGGCGGAGUGUGAACGGCUGAGGGCUGACGUCAGAGACUUCAUCCAAAAAGUCAACCAUCUCAACCUCAAGGUCAGACUUGUAGAACUGUUAACAUAAAGCUUCAUUCGAAUGAUAAGGUGGUCGAAUCAGAUCGUCGCAAUGAGGACUUAGUCUCCAGGAACGCGAUGUUAACGCAGAACGUAAAUGCUCUGCGAAACUUCGAAGCAGAGUGGAAGGCUCUCGAGAAGGAAAUGAGAGAAGAGCUCAAGCAGCUUCGCAAAGGUAUGUCCAGCCUUGGGGACGUCUUAAAAGGAAACUUCAGAUAAACUGACUUUGACGUCAGAAUCUGAAGACUGGAGACGCCGCACGCUGCGCAACGAGACCGAGAAGAAAGAAGUUGACGCGAUCCGGCAAAGACUUGAGAGAGAAAUCGCAGCGUUGAAGAAACACGUUGACGCGGUUUUGUAGUAUUCUCACAUCAACAAAAGAAACUUAUUCCAGCUGGAGGAAGAGAAAAACAGGACAGAAAUCGCUGUGAAGGAAACGAUGAACGAAAGACGCGCCAUUGACAAAUCUCUUGCUGCGAUGGAGCGAGAGAACACUCAGCUCUAUCGUAACUGCUCGCAGCUCCAAACUCAGGUCAGUCACCUUGAAAACUUGGAAGCUUUGAAAGAAAGUUCAGAUCUCUCAACUCGAAAAGGACGCUGGAAGCAGAUCUGUCGCAAAACUUGCUAAGGAGCACUCGGCGCUAGAAACGAGGAUCGCCAUGCUGAUCGAAGAAAAAAGACAGGUCUAGAUUCUUAGAAGAGAGUCGGUCGAGGUUGAUUUCAAAAAAGUUGUUAAAAGUCGUUGAAAUUAAGUUUGAGAAGUUUUUACGAGGCGAUUCAGUUGACAGAAGCCUUUCUGUAACUAACUGAAUUCAAGUUUAAAAUCCAAGUUUCUUUUAUUCAAUUUUCAGUCAAUUUUCUCCAUUCUAUCGAAACAUUUCUAGAAAGGUUCAAAAAGGAGCUUUCAGUUACAAGCACUACUCGACCAGAGCCACGCCAAUUUUUCGCACAAGCGCAAACUGAUGGAGUCGCAGAUGUCUUUGCUCCGAGAACAGCUGGACGUUGAACGAAAGCGACGGCUUCAGGUCGCUCAGAGGGAGCAGCACCCUCAUCGCCGGGCCGACAGUGCCGCCGGAGCUCGGCGAGCCAUCCAGCAGUCAUCUGCCUUCCGGGUAUGAUUCCUCGACAUCUCCCUCAGUUUUUCAAUAGGUUAAUUAAAGUUUGGGAAGUUUAUCUAUCUCUUUCUAUGAUUUUCGAAGAUUGAAUAUACAUAGAUUAUAUUAUUAGGAACACAGGUAGUUUUAUAUUUACAUUUUUUUAAACUUAUAUUAACUUUUUUUUGCUUUGGCUAACCUCAAAUGCUUCAAAUUAACCCGAUGUAUGUUGCACUCUAAAACAACGUUCUAUUUUUCAUUUGCUUUUGUAUUCCAUUAACCUUUUUAUGCAUCGAAUGCUUCAUUAAGAGCUUUUAUCUCAUUACUUUUUUCUUUUACGUUCUGCUAGUCUCAGCCUAGGGUUUUCUGUUGUCCGGUGUUCUAGUCAAUUUUUCCUCUUUUUUUUGAUUAUGUUCUUUCGCUUGAUUUUUGAACAAAAAAAAGGAUUUUUCGAUGAGAUAACGAGCAAUAGGCAUGUUUCGCAUCUUCUGAUUUUCUUGCUUUUAAAAUAUUCAAAAGUUAUGAACCGGAUAGUUUUUUUAUUGCUUUUUAUCCAAGAGCUCAUGAAGUUUUUUAUUGGUUGCUUCGUGCCAUUUUUGCUGAACUCCUAACAAGGUGGAGGGUUCUUUUUUCAUCGAAACAACCAGUUCAAAAACGCUCAAGCUUCAGUUGAUACCUUCAUUGACCACCCGCUUUCAAAUGUCUUCCUGCCAAUCUUCCAUUUGGUUCUGUCAUUCUACCAACGUUUUUCGCCACAACGCCCAACCCAAAAGCUUGCCACAAUAUGUUUCUAGUCCACACUUCACGAUCGAACGGUUAAUUUCUCUCGUCACUAAUAUUCUCGUAGAUUUCUAUUCAACUAAUUCAUUGUUUGCACUGAAAGAUUUUUCGUGUUUAACAUUCGCUGAAAUAAUAAAGCUUUCGUGCUUGGUUUUUGUUGCUUUGCUUCUUUCUAACACUGAAAAUCAAUUUGAAAGAAAACAGGAAAGAAAACGGAAUAUUUUAUUAAAUCAAAAGAAAUAUUUUUCAAAGACAAGGUCCAUCCAAUUUAAAUAUUUUUUAUAACAUUCCUAACGCCGUGUCUCCAAAAAAGCACGAACCAAGAAGGGAAGUAGGAUUAUAGGUGUAAUUAAAGGAUCCUAUUUGUCCAUUCUGGCUGGCUUUUUGGGGUUGAUGGAAAAAAAUAGGUUCGGAAACGAUUAAUCUUGUAACUAACUUUUAUAGAUUUACGCGAUAUAGGCCACACCCCCUUUCACGCGCCUCACCCGUUUUGAAACGCCGUGUAUCACGUUAUGUCCUUUUUAUAAUGUCUGUUAAUGGCAGCGAAUAAGCUAUUAUUAUUAUUAUUAUUAUGUGUAAAAAAAAGAAAUUAUGCAAAAUCACAAACUGUUCAGAAAGGCGAAAACAGAAAACUCGCCGAACUUGAACACUAAUUUUCCGUUACAACAAAAAAAGUUCCAGUUUUCUGAUGAAAGGCUGAGAAAAUGUUUAGGCUAUUCGUGGACCAUGUUUCAUACGAUUAGAAGGUAAAAAAAGAGUUUUAGAAGACGUACGAGAGGUCGAUGUCUUGUGAGAGGACAGUGCUGGAGCAGGAGCUUUUCGAACGGUUCGAGUCGACUUUCCACUCGCCGCCCAUCUCUCCGCUGUCCCACGCCGAGUCCGUCACGUCGGGAACGCUCAUCAUGUAAUCACUGUUCCGACUUCUGUCCUUGCACCUGUAGAUAGGCUUUUUCCGGUACGGCUAUGUCUUUCUUUCACCAUGAUUGCAGCAAAAAUGGUCUUUUUCACUUCUCUAAAAACGAAAUUAUCAUAGCGGCUUCAUUUUAUUUCAUUCAUAUCAGCAUUAAUUCAGCUUGAAACUAAUAUUAUAUGCUUCAUCCGCAAAGAAAUCUUCUGCACCCUCUUCUCUUCCAGCUAUUUUAUCGCGUUUGAGUGUUAUUGUCAUAUUUAAACCUACUGGUUAGAGAAAAGAAGACGCAGACAGGUCAGACUGUAUCAAGGGAUGGCGAAUUCAGUGACAGAACGAGCGACGAGGAAGUGAAUAUGUUUGUAGAAUUAGUUUCAAACACCGAGUCUUGGUUCAAGUGUUAACUAUUAUUUCUGCUAAAUAACAGAAACUAAAUUUCGAAAAGGUUCGAUGUGCUACUAACACUCCGCGAAGCUUCUAAUUACCAUGAAUGUUGUUCUGAGAAUUCCCAUGGAUACGUUUUUGCAGGAGUCCGCAGCCAGAAGAAAGCGUUUAA